AUGACCGAUCACGUAGUGGAUGGUGGCGGCGACCACUUCUCAGCUCCAGGAAACGAAGCUAUGGAUGGUACAACACUUCUCGAUGACGAAGAGAAUGUGAUGCGUGGAGUCGAAGAAUACUUCUACGAACUCUUGAUCGAUAUGGACAUGAUCAGCAAAUUUCGUCGCGUUCAUCCAACACAAAUCCAGACUGCUCAGAUGGUAUUAUCCCGAGAGAUUUUGCGUGUUUGGGAAUUGAUCUACAAUCAUCGUUUCCUUCAAAUGCAUUUUGAUGACAACAGAGCGCAAAGUGAAGAAGAAGCCUAA